AUGUCUCAAGCUCUAACUACCACUGACCUGCAGGGUGCCCUCCCCCUCAUUGCCCGAGGCAAGGUCCGCGACCUCUACGAGAUUGACGACAAGACUCUCCUCUUCGUUGCGAGCGAUCGCAUCUCCGCCUACGAUGUGAUCAUGGAGAAUGGUAUCCCCAACAAGGGCGUCCUCCUCACCCUCUGCACACGAACAUGGUUCAACGCCCUGAAAGAGGCACACCCUUCCCUACGCACGCACUUUCUCACUCUCGACCUCCCGCCCCAGAUCCCGGAGUCCUUGCGGCCAGUCCUGCAGAACCGCAGCAUGCAAGUGCGCAAGCUGAAAAUCCUUCCCAUUGAGGCUAUCGUCCGCGGAUACAUCACCGGCUCGGCUUGGAAUGAGUACAAGAAGGCUGGCACUGUGCACGGCAUUAAGGUCCCUGCUGGUUUGCAGGAGAGUCAGGCUUUCCCUGAUGGUCCUAUCUACACACCCAGCACGAAGGCUGAGCAGGGCGAGCAUGAUGAGAAUAUCCAUCCUGAUCAGGCUGCCGCUAUCCUGGGCGAACACGCCGAGACUGUUGCCUCGCUGGCUAUCCAGCUCUACAAGACCGCGCACGAGUACGCUCUCGAGCGAGGCGUGAUCAUCGCCGAUACCAAGUUCGAGUUUGGUGUCGAUGAGGAGACUAACGAGGUGGUUCUCGCCGAUGAGGUUUUGACGCCUGACUCAUCCCGCUUCUGGCCUAAGGAUUCCUACGCUAUCGGUCGGGGCCAAUCCAGCUUCGACAAGCAGUUCUUGCGUGACUGGCUGGUCCAGGAGGGUUUGAAGGGUAAGGAGGGUGUGCGCAUGCCCGAGGAUAUUGCUCUCAAGACUGCUGAGAAGUAUAAGGAGGCAUGGGAGAAGAUCACCGGUGGUAAAUAG